AAGAAAUCAAGAGAGGUAGAGAGAGGAGAGUAUCAUGGUGAAGUUGAGGUCAAAGAGGUUCUCAAGAAUAAGCAGUUUCAAGUUUGGUGGGAGUGGUAAUGUUAAAAGCACAGAGAAAGCUGAUCAUGCUGCAGGGUGUGGAGGAGGAGGAGGAGGAGGGUCUAUUGAAGUCAAGUGGGAAGUUAGACCUGGUGGCAUGCUUGUACAAAAGAGGGAGGAGACUCAUGGACAAAGUGUUAGUGAAGAGCCUUUGAUCACAAUUAGAGUCUCCACUACUUUCUCUAAGUGGCAUGAUAUCUCAAUUGAACCUACUUCAACUUUUGGGGAGUUGAAGAUGAUAUUAUCAUUGGUGACAAGCUUGGAACCAAGAGAGCAAAGGCUAUUGUUCAAAGGGAAAGAGAGAGAAGAUUGUGAAUAUCUACAUAUGGUUGGGGUUAGAGAAAAGGACAAGAUGCUUUUGUUGCAAGAUCCAGCCAUUAAGGACAUGAAACUCCAUGGGACAACUUAUCGCACCAUAAGUGUAUAAAAUUCAUUUAUUUGACUAAUUUACACACAUAAUAUAUAUUAUGUUUGUCUAUAACUAUAUAUAUACCACUAGCUAACCAUCAGAAGACAUGCAUUACGUAAAAUAUGGUGAUGGGUUCUUCUUCACUUGGUUAGGUUUGCCCACUUCACAAAUUGAAUAUGCUCUAAGUGGUGCAUAUGCAUCCCCCACCAUGUUGUAGACUUUAUUAUAUUAUAUGCCUAUAAAGAUGGUUUUUUUAUUAAUAUUGUGAUAAAGAGGUUGAGUCCAUGUAAUGUAAAUAUAUUUUUAAUUAAUAU